UGAACAGCUCGUCUUCUUACCUGAAACGUCCGUUACUGAGAGUCUAACGGGCAAGGGUGGUUUUAAUAAUUUUAAAACACAGCUCCGUUAUACACGGUUGGGUCAAAGCCUUAUAUAAAGGCAACGGCUACAUUACCGUUCUUCCCCCAGUCCCUUAUCGUCGACUGUUUCCGUUUUAGCACUGGAGUGGAGAAAACCGGCAAGAAGACCGCGUAAAAUUAGAAACGGAAAAAGCACAAAUAUCGGAAAAAAAUGAGAUUGACGAAUAGUGUAAAUUAAUCGGAAAUGUCCGUUGCGGAUGUUGCUUUGAGUCGGGUGAGUCAAGAACCGGUUCACUCUACUGCUGGUUACUGCAAUAACCAAGCGGGUGACUCGAUCUUGAUUUACCUUUCGAUUGCUGGUUCGAUGAUUCCGAUGCGGGUUUUGGAGUCAGACCCAAUAGCCUCCGUGAAGCUUCGGAUCCAGACUUGUAAAGGGUUUGUGGCGAAGAAACAGAAGCUUGUGUUCGGAGGCAGAGAAUUGGCUCGUAACGAUUCACUCGUCAAAGACUACGGCAUAAAGGGUGGGAAUGUUUUGCAUUUAGUCUUGAAACUUUCCGAUCUCUUGCUCAUCACUGUACGGUCAACUUGCGGUAAAGAAUUUGAGCUGCAUGUUGAUAGGAACAGAAAUGUUGGGUAUCUGAAACAGAGGAUAGCCAGAAAAGGGAAGGGUUUUGAGGAUGUCGAUGAACAAGAAAUAUUUUGUAACGGAGAAAAAGUCGAUGACCAAAGGUUAGUCGAUGAUCUGUGCAAAGAUAAUGAUGCUGUGAUUCAUUUGGUGGUUCAGAAAUCAGCCAAAGUUCGAGCUAAGCCCGUUGAGAAAGAUUUGGAACUUUCGGUUAUCGCUGAGAGCGAUUUGGAUGAGAGAAAAGGAGGGAUUGUAGGAGGAGGAGAAGACAACCCCGAGGGGCUUCAUAUUGUGACAAAUGAACCAUUUUUAAGUGAUAUUUGGUUGAAGCCUGUUAUCGUUAACCCUAAGGCUCAAUUGCCUUUUUUUGCGUGGGAUAUGAUCAAUUCCACAUUUGAAGGAUUGCAGGCAGGAAACCACCCGAUUAGAUCAUCUGAAGGGACUGGAGGUACUUAUUUCAUGCAAAAUAAGACCGGGUUUGAAUAUGUUUCCAUAUUUAAGCCUAUUGAUGAGGAGCCAAUGGCUGUAAACAAUCCGCAGGGGUUACCUGCAUCAAUAAAUGGUGAAGGGUUGAAAAAGGGCACCAGGGUUGGAGAAGGAGCUGUGAGAGAAGUGGCUGCUUAUGUAUUGGAUCAUCCCAAGAGUGGACCUCGGUCUUUGUCUGGUGAGAUGUUGGGGUUUGCUGGUGUACCUCCCACCUGCAUGGUUCAGUGCUUGCAUGAAGGAUUCAACCAUCCCGAUGGCUAUGAUUGUGCACCUGAGAAUGUUAAGGUUGGAUCCUUGCAGAUGUUUAUGAAGAACUCUGGGAGUUGCGAGGACAUGGGUCCUGGAGCUUUUCCUGUAGAGCAAGUGCACAAGAUCACGGUGUUUGAUAUUAGAAUGGCAAAUGCUGAUAGACAUGCUGGUAAUAUCUUGAUUGGAAAAGGGGAUGAUGGCCGGACCGUGCUUAUUCCCAUUGAUCACGGCUACUGCCUGCCCGAGAGUUUUGAGGAUUGCACAUUUGAUUGGCUUUAUUGGCCACAAUCACGGAAGCCUUACACCCCAGAAACCAUUGCCUACAUAAAAUCACUUGAUGCUGAGCAAGAUAUAGCACUUCUGAAAUCAUACGUCUUGGAUGUUCCUCUCGAGUGUGCUCGAACACUCCGUAUCUCAACCAUGCUUUUGAAGAAAGGGGUGGAGCGAGGUCUCACUCCUUUAGCCAUCGGAAGCAUCAUGUGCAGGGAAAACAUAAACAAGGAAUCUGCGAUCGAGCAGAUUGUUAAAGAAGCUCAGGAUUCCUUACUUCCAGGCAUGAGUGAAGCUGCGUUUAUUCAGAGUGUCUCGGAAGUCCUCGAUUCUUGGCUUGACAAGCUCACAAAUUGAAAUUGCCUAGUUCUUUUUCAGCCACAAAAAAGAAAUAACUAGGUACAAUUUGUUUUCACAUAAUGAAGAGUACAUUUUUUUUUUUUUGACUACAAAUUGUGGGAAUGUAGAUAUGGCUUAUCCAAGGGCCUAAAGCUUUCAUUAUUCAUUUUGUUUUUUUUUUUUUUUUUGGUUUUCUUUCUUUUACUCUGUCAAUUAAUACUUGAUAUAUCCUAUCAGUAUAUCGAACAGAGUCAAAGAUAAUCGAGUUGUUACUCUUCUAAGACACUCCAUAGAUCACAGGAUUAUAGCUCAAAAAUGAGCAAUAAAACUUGUACAUAUUGGUCUCUUCUGUUCUGGAGGUGUGUAAACCUUUAUUGUUCAGCAUUUUGCACCGAAGAUUUAUGUCACUGGGCCCGUUUUUCCUAA